GCUAGCCGCUCUGCAGGCUCCACAAGAACUCGCAGCAAGGCUAAGAAGCCCCCAUUGCUGAAGGGACCUGGACCUCGGAAAAUCGAAGAUUGUAUCCUCAUAGAUCAGAGUGGUGUUCCAGUGGUUCGACUAGAUAUUCUGAUUUACCCUGGGUUUCCUUCGGUGGAUGAUCAACAAUUCUUCAAUCACUUGACCUCGUCUACCAAUUUGAUGCCCUUCCUACUAGUACAUCCUUGCUCCAGUUAUUACAAAACCUCAAAGAACGACUUCUCAGCUGCGGGUUUGUUUUUCCACCAAUGGCUUCAGACUCAAUUUUCCAAGACCACGAGCGCCUUGCUAUUCAGCCCCUUGCUUAUGUUGGUAGGGGUAAUCCAAACAACAACGCUCGCACCCCUCGUCUUACCCCUGGAAUUGUCACACCUACUAUGACGCUUCAGGAUUUACUCGAUGAUGUCAGAAAGUAUGCAAUUCCAAAAUAUGCGGUUACUGAAGAUAAUCGUUUCUUGCUUUGUACCAUCCUCCGGUCCAAUCAAGUUGCUCGUACAGUGAAUCUCCAUCGUCUUCAUUUAGGUUCUGAAGAUGCUGAAAGAGUGCACUUCUGCCUGCCUCAUCGAAUAUAUGGGUUGUUGAAAAGGGACUUCGAUGCUAACGUAGAUGUGGGUUAUCAAGCGCUCGAUGAGGAAGAACUGGAGCUAGCUUGCUCUGAACAUCAUGAAGACGAUGCGGAUACUCGAGUUAUUGCUCAAAUGUUAACGCUUCCAAGGGAAAACGAUUCCGAUGGUCGCAGUACAAGUUCGACUGCAGUAGUCCUUCGUCGAAGUCCUCGUUUCAAUGCCAGCCUAACAGUAUCGUCAACUCAGCUAUUGUGGUCUACAGCCUGGAGCCCUCUUCCACGGCUCGAAGCUCUUCCUGAGUUUACUGAGCCAUCGCGGAAGUCGUAUAUCAUCAAUGCCAUUAAUACCGCCUAUCAAGCUACUCACGGAAAUGAUAUACCAGGGGUCUUUGUGAAAGGGGUGGAUUUCGAAGCUCAAGUAUCGGAGUUGGAGAAAAUAAUGGAAAAGGCUUUGGAAGAUGAUGAUUGGACCUUGUUGUUUUCAAACUCACGACAUUUUGUCAAGACUGACAUCGAUGCUUCUGGAGAAGAGGUAUGGGUGACUUCAGGUGGUGGCUUUGAACGAAGCGUAUUGCUUCUCCUCUUCCAGAAAUACUUUGAAAAACGGUUUGAAGAACUAUGCACACCACUUAUCGACUGUUAUUAUACCCUCUCAACCGUCCCCAUGUCCUCUACAACACCCAUAUCUGAGACCAAACGUCGGGAUUUGGGACUAUUUGGUGCAACCGUGGCCCUAGCCCUGGUUAACGGUUACCUUCCAGAGAAGCUCAAUCCGCUUCUGCUAGUGUAUUUUCUCUCAGACUGCCAGUUUGAGUGUCUAAAUAGGACUGCAGUCAUGGAUCUUUUCCCGGAACUCGGUGCAACUAUAGACGACUGGCUUUCAACGCCAUACGACAACGACUCUAAUUUGAAUAGAUUUCAAGCACAUUUUGCCACGUAUCAUAACAUGGAGGUGCAGCUUGAUAUUUGACAUUCCGUCUUGAUCUCAUUCAGGAAAUGCCAUACAGACUUCCGCUCUGACCAAUCGUACAAAAGAAAUGCACAACUCUAUUGCCCAUCAUAUGCUUCACAAUGCCAUUAUUGGCCCGGCUGAAAUAAAUCAUCCAUACUUCCAGGCUUUUAUAAAGGGAUUCAGACUUUCCUGCAAAAACCACUAUACCUUACCACAGAUUUCCCGCAGCUUUGCAGGAGGUUCCUAUGAAUUUGUUAUGCAUCUAUCAAAGACGAUGAUUAAGGAUUUGAAUUCGCUUCCAAUACGUUAUUUCAAUCAGACUACGGCUUCAACAAAUACGGUUCUUCAAAAUGCAUAUCGGGUAGUCUUUGGGGGAGAGUUUGUGUUUGAUGCAUGGUUUGAAGACUUCUUACUGGGAUUAGGAACGCCUUGCCCAACCUUACUCAACUCCGCCAAGGAUCGUUU